AUGUACUCAAUAUCAAUCUCAAACUUCUAUUUUAAUAAUUCAAAAGUGGAAUACAUUGUAAAGUAAGACAUUUUAAUAUUAAUUAGAUUUGAAGGAUAAGUUGAAACAUUUUUAUCAAAAUAUCGUUAUUCUCAAUUAAAAACUCUAGAUGAUUAAUUAGGUAAAACUAAAGUAGAAAAACCAAAAUUUCCAAAACGAUCUUUAUUUGGAAAAACAAAUUAGAAUUUAUCUAGAGUUUAAGAUCGAUAAAUAAAAUUGAAUAAAUAUUUUGAGUAAUUGUGUGUGAUAAAUUCAACAAUGGAUUGUUUUAUAAUGCAAGAGUUUAUCAGAGAUGCUAAAAGGAAUAUAUUUGUUACAGAGAUUACAGGAAAUUGAUU